AGCCGCCGCCGCCUCCGCCGUCGCUUCAGCAGCCGCCGCGGUGGUCGCCGGGGGCUGCACCGCUUGCUCUCUUGCCAUCUCGACAUCUCGCCCGGAGGAGACUGAGGUUGAAGCGAGGCCGGCGACCGGGGACGGCCCGGCCCCGCAGCGGCACGGGAGGCGGCAGUGACAGCCUGGCCCGGCCCGCCGCCGCCCUCGGCGCCCGCAGGCACGAUGAACCGAAGCGGCAGCAGCCCCUCGGCUGCUACCAACUACCUGCUCUGCACCAACUGCCGGAAAGUGCUGCGGAAGGAUAAAAGAAUCAGAGUAUCUCAACCUAUGACACGAGGACCAAGUGCCUUUAUUCCAGAGAAGGAAGUUGUCCAGGCAAACACAGUAGAUGAACGUACUAACUUUCUUGUAGAAGAAUACUCUACUUCCGGUCGUCUGGACAACAUUACCCAGGUCAUGAGUUUGCACACUCAGUACCUGGAGUCAUUUUUAAGGAGCCAGUUUUACAUGUUGCGCAUGGAUGGUCCCCUUCCUCUACCUUACAGGCACUAUAUUGCAAUCAUGGCUGCAGCUAGACAUCAGUGUUCUUACUUAAUAAACAUGCAUGUGGAUGAAUUUUUAAAGACCGGAGGUAUGGCUGAGUGGUUGAAUGGUUUGGAAUAUGUACCACAAAGACUGAAAAACCUUAAUGAAAUAAAUAAGCUGCUAGCACACCGGCCUUGGCUGAUCACAAAAGAGCACAUUCAGAAACUUGUCAAAACUGGAGAAAAUAAUUGGUCCCUGCCAGAACUGGUACAUGCUGUGGUCCUACUGACACAUUAUCAUGCCUUGGCAAGCUUUGUUUUUGGUAGUGGCAUCAAUCCAGAGAGAGAUCCAGACAUUUCCAAUGGAUUCAGGCUAAUAUCAGUCAACAAUUUCUGCGUUUGUGAUCUUGCCAAUGACAACAACAUAGAGAAUGCGUCCCUUACAGGCGGCAAUUUUGGGAUUGUGGAUUCACUAAGUGAGCUAGAGGCCUUAAUGGAAAGGAUGAAAAGACUUCAAGAAGAAAGAGAAGAUGACGAGGCCUCUCAGGAAGAAAUGACCACUCGUUUUGAGAAGGAGAAGAAAGAAAGUCUGUUUGUGGUUUCUGGAGAUACGUUCCACUCAUUUCCUCAUUCAGAUUUUGAAGACGACAUGAUUAUAACAGCUGAUGUCUCUCGGUAUAUUGAAGACCCUGGUUUUGGAUAUGAGGAUUUUGCCAGACGAGGGGAAGAACAUUUGCCAACAUUCCGAGCUCAGGACUAUACUUGGGAAAAUCAUGGCUUCUCCCUGGUGAACAGACUUUACUCUGACAUUGGACAUCUUCUUGACGAAAAGUUCCGCAUGGUCUACAGUCUCACCUAUAACACUAUGGCCACCCAUGAGGAUGUUGACACAACCAUGCUGCGCAGAGCUUUAUUUAACUAUGUCCACUGUAUGUUUGGAAUCAGGUAUGAUGACUAUGAUUAUGGAGAAGUUAAUCAAUUACUUGAACGAAGCCUGAAGGUUUACAUUAAGACAGUGACCUGCUAUCCUGAGAGAACAACGAAGCGCAUGUAUGAUAGUUACUGGCGUCAAUUCAAACACUCAGAAAAGGUUCAUGUGAAUCUGCUUUUAAUGGAAGCCCGGAUGCAAGCUGAACUUCUUUAUGCUCUUCGUGCCAUAACUCGGCAUUUAACCUGAAGCCUCACCCAGGGAGAGUGUCAUACAUGUGUAAAGACCUUUUCACACAAGAUACACAUCAGAAGCUGUUUGUGAUGUAGCAUCAAAAAUUAUCCAAUUCUCUGUUGUCAAAGUUUAGCCGGUUUUGUUUUUUUUGUUUGUUUGGUUGUUUUUUUUUUUGCGGCCGUAAUGUGCAAUGACAUGUUUUCUUUUUCUUGAUGCUUAACAUUACUAACAACUGCAAAAAUAAUACUGAGGAGCACUACUUUGCAUUGUUUAUAGUUGGAUUUUUGGAUACUGACCAUAAAUCAUGAACCUGG